AUGAAGAAUUCCUGCACCGUCCUGACGAGACUGCUCCUGUGUGGGCCCUUUCUUUUCGCUCCCACCUCAAGCUACAAUCUGGAUGUGCUGCACGUGCAAAACUUCUCCUUCCAAGAUGCUGGGAGACAUUUUGGGUACCAGGUCCUGCAGGUUGGAAACAGGGUUGUUGUGGGAGCUCCAGGGGAGGGGAGCAGCCUGGGAAACGUCUAUCAGUGCCAGGCAGACACUGGGCACUGCCAGCCGGUCAAUCUGAGUGGUUCCAACUCCACUUCCAAAUACUUGGGAAUGACCUUGGCGACAGACCCCACAAGUGGAAGCCUCUUGGCCUGUGACCCAGGGCUGUCUCGGACAUGUGACCAGAACAUCUACCUAAGUGGCCAGUGUUACCUUUUUCAUGAGAAUCUGGAGAGCCCUGUGUUUCAAGGACGCCCUGGUUAUCAGGAAUGCAUAAAGGGCAAGGUAGACCUGGUGUUCCUGUUUGACGGUUCGAGGAGCCUGCAGCAAGACGAAUUUCAGAAAAUUCUGGACUUCAUGAAGGAUGUGAUGAAGAAACUUAGCAACUCUUCCUACCAGUUUGCGGCUGUUCAAUUUUCUUCAACCUACAAAACAGAAUUUAAUUUCUUGGAUUACGUUCAGAAGAAGGACCCUGACGUCCUGUUAGCCAAUGUCGAACACAUGCUCCUGUUGACCAACACCUUUGGUGCCAUCAACUACGUUGCGAAACAGGUCUUCCGGGAAGAACUGGGGGCCCGGCCAGAUGCCACCAAGGUGCUCAUCAUCAUCACAGAUGGAGAAGCCACUGACAGUGGUGACAUUGAAGUGGCCAAAGACAUCAUCCGCUACAUCAUUGGGAUCGGGAAGCAUUUUAAGACGAAGGAAAGUCAGGAGACACUCCACAAAUUUGCCUCAACACCCACGAAGGAGUUUGUCAAGAUUUUGGACACAUUUGAGAAGCUCAAAGAUCUCUUCACUGAGCUGCAAAAGAAGAUCUACGUGAUUGAGGGCACAAGCAAACAGGACCUGGCAUCCUUCAACAUGGAGCUGUCCUCCAGUGGCAUCAGUGCGGAUCUCAGGAAGGGCCAUGGAGUUGUGGGGGCAGCUGGAGCCAAGGACUGGACUGGGGGCUUUCUAGACCUGAAGGCAGACCUGAAGGAUGGCAUAUUUGUUGGGAAUGAACCACUGACACAGGAAGAAAGAGCAGGAUACUUGGGUUACUCGGUGACCUGGCUGCCCUCCCAGCGACACACAUCCCUGCUGGCAGCUGGAGCCCCCAGGUACCAGCAUGUGGGGCAAGUACUGUUGUUCCAAGAGCCAAAGGCUGGAGGAAAUUGGAGCCAGGUCCAGAAAAUCAAGGGAACGCAGAUUGGCUCUUACUUUGGUGGGGAACUGUGUGGCAUUGACAUGGACCAAGAUGGGGAGACAGAGAUGCUGUUGAUUGGAGCCCCCAUGUUCUAUGGGGAGCAAAGAGGAGGCCGAGUAUUUGUCUACCAGAGAAAAAAGAUGGGCUUCAAAGCGGUGUCAGAACUGCAGGGGGACUCUGGCUACCCGCUUGGGCGCUUCGGAGCAGCCAUCUCUGCCCUGACGGACAUCAAUGGGGAUAACCUGAUGGACGUCGCUGUGGGAGCCCCUCUGGAGGAACAGGGCACCCUUUACAUCUUCAAUGGGCACCCUGGUGGGCUCAGGCCCCAGCCAAGCCAGAGGAUAAAGGGGACCCAGGUGUUCCCCGGAAUUAGGUGGUUCGGACGCUCCAUCCAUGGAGUGAAGGACCUUGGAGGAGACGGCCUGGCAGAUGUGGCUGUAGGGGCCGAGGGUCAGGUGAUCAUCCUCAGCUCCCGGCCUGUGGUGGACAUCAUCACCACGAUGGCCUUCUCCCCGCCCGAGAUCCCAGUACAUGAAGUGGAAUGCUCCUACUCAAGCAGCAACAGAAAGAAGGAAGGGGUGAACAUCACAGUCUGUUUCCAGGUCAAGCUUCUCCUCCCCCAGUUCCGAGGGCCCCUGGUCGCCAAUCUAACCUACACCCUGCAGCUAGACGGCCAUAGGACUAUAAGCCGGGGUCUGUUCCCAGGAGGCAGACGUGAGCUCAGCAGGAACACAGCUGUCACCACUAGCAGGUCCUGCUUUGAGUUCUGGUUUCACUUCCCGGUAUGCAUUCAAGACCUCAUCUCUCCCAUCAAUGUCUCCCUGAAUUUCUCUCUUUGGGAGAAAGAACGGGCACCAAGGGACCAUCAGAUGCAGGUUAAGGACAUGCAGCCCAUCCUGAGACCCUUCCCACACUCGGAGACUAAGGAGAUCCCUUUUGAGAAGAACUGUGGUGAGGACAAGAAGUGUGAGGCGGACCUGGAGCUGUCUUUCUCCUCCACAAGGUCCAAAGUCCUGAAGCUGACUCCCUCAGCCAGCCUGUCUCUAGAUCUGACCCUGAGCAACAGGGGAGAAGAUGCCUACUGGGUCCAUCUGGGGCUGAGCGUCCCGCAAGGGCUCUCCUUCCGCAAAGUGGAGGCACUCAAGCCUCACACCCAGAUGCCUGUGAGCUGCGAGGAGCUUCCUAAGGAGUCCAGACUUCUUACCAGAACCCUCUCUUGCAAUGUGAGCUCUCCCAUCUUCAAAGCAGGAAGCUCGGUUGUUAUCCGGGUAAUGUUUCAUACACUGCUGAACAGCUCCUGGGGGGACGAGGUUGAGCUGCAUGCCAACGUUAGCUGUGACAAUGAAGACUCAGGUCUCCUGAAGGAUAACUCAGCCACCAGAAGCAUCCCAGUCAUGUACCCUGUCAACAUCGUCGUUGAAGACCAGGAAGACUCCACACUCUACAUAAGUUUCAUCCCCAAAGGACCCAAAGUCCAGCUUAUUAAACACGUCUACAAGGUGAAGAUUCAGUCUUCUAUCCAUGGCCAUGACCUGCCCAACCUGGAGGCCUUGGUGGGGAUCCCACAGUCUCACAACGAGGGGCCCAUCACCCAUAAGUGGCAUGUGGAGAUGAACUCUUCUCUCACCUGCCAUGAAGAGACUCCGGAGAGGCUGCUCAGCCCUGCUUCCCCACAUCAGCUCUGCCUCUCUGAAGCUGAGCUCCGUUGCCCAGUUGUCAUCAAACAGGAGACACUCAUCAAAAUCAUUGGAGAGAUCGAGCUUGUGGGAGAAAUUGAGGCCUCCUCUAUGUUCAGCCUCUGCACUUCCCUCUCCAUCACUUUCAACAGCAGCAAACACUUUCACCUCUACGGCCGUAAUGCCUCCCUGGCCCAGGUCACCAUGAAAGUCGAUGUCGUGUAUGAGAAGGAAAUGCUCUACAUCUAUAUUCUGAGUGGCAUCGGGGGACUGUUGCUGCUGGUGGUGAUUUUCUUGGUUCUAUACAAGGUUGGCUUCUUCAAACGGAACCUGAAGGAGAGGAUGGAAGCUGACACAAAUGCCACAAAUGGAAUUCUGACAGAAGAUUCUGAGAAGGCAGCAUCUGAGGAAGAGGAUGGGGAUUCGAGCCGCCUGGAGUCCCUCCAGGAGAAGGAAGCCCAGGAGGCCGAGACAGAGACCCAGGCCUGA